UAAGAUUGGGAUCCCUAUAAAUUAGGUGGUGCCGCAACGCCCCCUUUGCAUUCACCAUUUCUUCUUGCUCUGCAUUUUCCUCAUCGCCUCAGCCUGCCGAGGCUUCCAGAGACUGCCAAUAUGUCUGAUACCGGGGCGAAACAACCAGCACAAACAGUUGUAGAUAAUAGUGGGAAAAGGCUCAAAUAUUUGGAAUUUGGCCAAGUAGCGGCGAUCUAUAUGAUAGUCUGUUUCUCAAGCCUAUACGAAUACGCCAAGGAAAACUCCGGUCCAUUGAAACCGGGAGUUCAAACCGUCGAGGCUACGGUCAAGACCGUAAUUGGACCCGUCUACGAAAAGUUCCACGACAUUCCCUUUGAGCUCCUCAAGUUCGUCGAUCGCAAGGUGGACGAUUCCCUGAGCGAGUUGAAUCGUCACGUGCCCUCGCUGGUAAAACAGGCGUCAAGCCAGGCACUAAUUGCGGCUCACAAGGCUCCCGAAGUGGCUCGAGAGGUGGCUUUAGAAGUUCAACGUGACGGCGUUCUGGACACCGCGAAGCACAUCACAAAGACUUUGUACACCAGGUACGAGCCAACGGCGAAAGAAAUCUACAACAAGUACGAGCCGGUGGCUGAGCAGUAUGCCGUGUCAGCUUGGCGAUCGUUAAAUCGGCUUCCACUGUUUACCCAAGUGGCUCAGAUCAUUGUCCCAACGGCAGCGUAUUGGUCCGAGAAGUACAACCAAAGGGUCAGUUAUGCUGCCGAGAGAGGAUACGCGGUGGCAUCGUACCUGCCGUUGAUACCAAUUGAGAGAAUUGCUAAAGUGUUCGAGGAAGUUGAGAAUGGUCCCACCAUGUCUUCCAACGGUGAAGCUGCAGUCUUGGCACAUUGAGAGCGGUUGAUUUUGGGACUGCUGUAUGCACAUUAUUAUGACAUGCAUCCCAUCUUUUUUUGUUUCAAUUUUUUUUUUUUUUUCCCCCAAUUUUAAGAGGUUUAAGUAGGGCGUGAUGGUCGGCUGGAUAAUUAUGGGCUUCCAAAAAAGCGAGUCUCUGAAACCUGAUUUGGAUCCUCUUGAAAAAUCGAACUCCCCACCCUUUUUUUUGGCCUUUUGUCCUUUUGAUAUUUUUCUUAAUUUUACAACUACUGCUUUUAUAUUCCUGCACGUGAUUGAUCACGUGUGCAAGUCAGACAUUGCUGGUUACAAACAACUGCAAGUCCAAUGAAAACAAAUAACAAUAGAAACAAGACUCUAAUAAAUGCAAAAUGUCUAAGAUGAUAAAAAACAUUCACGACCUCAAUGGCCAUGAGAUAGAAAUCUCCCAUACAACCGUGGUAUCAUUAAUAUUAUGCGACGUCGAUAUAUUUAUUGCCAUUUCAGCUCAUAAGAUUUUUCUUUUUAAAAAUUAAAAUUUCACAAAUGUUUCCUUGCAUGCUGUAUAAGAAGGAUGUUUCAUGUUUCAAA